AUGGAUACUUCUGCACCUCUGCCUCCCCCAUCUCCCGCUGCAUCGGCUAAGGAGAGUGCUCGCCUCGCUUCAUCUACCUCUUCCGCCACUGCGUCCAUCAUCGAGACUCAUCCACCGCCUACUCCACUUAUCAAGAAUAAAAACUACGCCGGUCCACCCAUCCCGUUGAAAGAGAAGCGGCAUUCCUCCUCAAUUUUUAACAUCAGCCAGGAUCGGCAUCUGGUUCCUCUACCAUCGAUAAAAGAUGCAGCGACAGCACAAGAACGAGAGCAGUUGUUCCUGCAGAAACUUCAGCAGUGUUGUGUGGUCUUUGAUUUCCAACCGGACCCACUCUCCGAUCUACAGGGUAAGGAGGUGAAACGCAAUAUCCUUAACGAAAUGAUUGAAUAUGUAUUGGAGGCUAGAGGCGGAGGCGGUGCCAACGGUGGUGGCGGCAACGGCGGUGCAAAUGGUGGCAGCGUCAUCACCGAGCCCAUCUAUCCCGCUGUAGUAAAAAUGAUAGAGGCCAACGUCUUUCGCACCCUCCCGCCGCCAAGCAACCCGUCGGGCGCGGAAUUCGAUCCGGAGGAGGACGAACCCACCCUUGAGGCUUCAUGGCCGCAUCUUCAGUUCGCCAAGUUAGAACUAAAGUUUUCACUUCAAUUCUUUCACUUAUCUCUGUUGUUUUGGAUUUAUCGAGUAGGAAGUUGCUACCUUCUCAAAUACUCCUAA